AGUUCCUGGUGGUAAAUGUGACGUAAACAUUUGGCUACUUCAUUGAGUAAACCUUCCGGUUGUGAAACAAAAAACAAACCUUCAGUAAGCAUAUUUCUCUCAGCGCGGAACUCGGCACACCCUCGUCAUCUUCAUCUAGACGGACUCGUUUCAGUGCCACUAUUUCCAUAGUGUCUCGAUUACGGCCCUUGAACACCGUCCCAAAAAUAUGGAGGCUUUAAACGACUAUGUUGUCAUCCGCAUACUAAGUUUCUUGGAUUUAAAAUCACAGCAAAUCAUAAUAGGUUUGCAUCCACGAUUCUAUACUUUAAUGGCAAUUGUCUGGCGAUCUCAGUAUAAAACUGUCAGCAUGUCAUUGUACGAGGCAAACUUUUCUAACGAGGCCUUGCGUUAUUUCUUUCGAAACAUUUGCAAUACAGUGCAAGUGCUACACCUUAAAAUGGUAUCGUUGGAACAGUUUGAAGAGCUCACCAGCAACGUUUUCCCAAAAGUCCAUGAUUUUCGUAUCGGAACGAGCUCACGCCAACUGCUGACCGAUUCAGAUAUACCUAUAAUUAUUAAGAGUUUUCCAAGCUUAAGAACAUUUAGUCCUCAGGGCGUUUUAUCGGGCAAAUAUUUUGCGGAUAUCCCAUUAUUGGAACGCCUCACCCUGACAUACUGUAAGCGAUUUUGCGUACAAAAUCUACAAAUCAUCAUGAAGACACAUAAGCUCAAAGAAAUUAAAAUGUGUCUGUUUGACGAAAGAACAAUCAGAUCGAGCAAUAUAAAUUUGCCCCCAGAAUGUAUGGAAAAUCUCGAAUCAAUCAAAAUUGAAUUGGAGGAGCUGGCCUGGUUUUCUGCUAAUUUGAGUGAACUUAAGUGCUUGAAAGAGUUCAUCCUGUGUGGGACAAGGGGCAUGGCACCUUAUCCUUUAAUAUGCCGAAAAUUGCGUGGUUUAAUUCUUAACCAGCAUUUGAACAUUUUGGAGACUUGCAACACCACACACAUAUUGGGCACUGUCAUAAGAGCUAAUCUUCAAGUGGAUUCUCUUAAAAUCGUUACGGAUAACUCUUUAUUCCAUGAUAUAGCCCAAUUUCGGACGGAAGACUAUGCAAACAUAAAGAAAUUGUAUUUGAAAAGCAGCUAUAUUGAAAAGAGCGCCUAUCUAAACAGUCUAAUGUACAAUAUUGGAAACCUGGAGCUCGUGAGCUUCGAACAGUGUGUUUUUGGAUUUGAUAAUUAUGAGUUUGUGGCAUCAGCAAUUGCAGAGAAGCGCACCAAACCACUCCAAGUGAAUAUUUAUCAAAACUCAUGCCUACAGACGAACCUACCGUGGGUUUGGACCAAAAUCGGUGAACAUUCUUUACUCCAAUUCAUCGAAGGCAGAAAUUUUGAAUAUUCUUUCGAGCCCCUAUACAUUAGUUUUAAGAAAUAAAUGACGACAGAAGAGAAAACAUUGUGAACAAAGUCAAAAACAAGCAUAUAUCUUCUGAAUAAAAUAGUCUAAAAUUGGAA